CUGGUGUCCGUAUGCCCCAGGAGAAGAGGAGGAUGAUGGAGCCAUGGACUUGAUUCUGGGCGUCAUGGACGAGGGCUACCACCUUGGCUCCGCGGUGGCGGCCCUCGUGGUCAUCGCCCACACCGUCUACCUGGGCCUUGACAGCGCCGACGAAGUGACCAGCCUCGUCCAGAAGUGUCUCCUGCUCCACUUCCACGUGGUGCGGCUCAGGCCCGGCUCCGGCGUGCUGCUCGAGGUGGCCGUCUGGCUUCUGGACAUGGCCUUCCACCUGUGGUUCCUCCUGGUGGAUUGCACGCGGGUCGUGUCCAGCCUCUAUUUCAACAGCAAGCCGCUGCAGGUGCUGCACUGCGCCAUCCUCUUUCUCUUCCACCUGCAGAUACUCAGGCGCUAUUGCAUGGGCAUCCACGUCACGGUGGACAACGCGAUCGCCGAGGACGCCAACGCUCAGCAGCAGCAGCAGAUACAGGCCGACGAGGUCGUCGAGGUGCCCGCGCCCGUCGCGGCCGCGGCCGCUGUCGCGGCACGACGUGUAGACGUGGACGCCGGCGAGUCGUCGCUGCUUCCCGGCUCGCAGUCGUCGGCCACCAAGCUCACCUCGCAGUUGGCGCCCGCGGCCUUCAGCCACGACGAGCUGUUGUCGCUGGACUUUACCAGGGCUGAGUCGGAGAGCUCGAGUCCCGCAUGCCGCUGCUUCCGCCAGCACGCCCUAGACGGCGCCUCGUUGCAGGCGGACGACAUGAACCCGUGCCGCGUCGGCUGCGGCUGGUCGCUGGACCGCAGUGCGCAGACCGAAUCCGAAGUAGGACCGACGGCCAACAAGCCACUGCCGACGUCUCUGGACGCGGCCAUGUUCCUCGAGGGAACGCCGGCCUUGCGGCGGCGCAAGAGCGUCCAACUCGAGUCGCAGCCGCAGCCACAGCCACAGCAGGCCAGCUAGGUGGCGCCACGCGACACUGACGCACGACGCCCUCUACCCGCAGAUUAGUGUGCCCCCUUUUUGCGCCCCCUACAAAAUUCGGACAUCCAGCCGCCGCCCCCCAUGAGAAAGUUUCUCGCAACGGACGAUCGUGAUUGGAUGAUUAGAAAAAAAAAAAAGGCGUGCCCCAAUAUUUCAGUGCCCCAUGCACGAUUCGGCAUAACAGCCGAAGCGCGAUUGUGUCAAACGGCCGCAGCUAAACACGUUAGCGAAACGCGAUGCUAUCAUGUUCGUAAUCCCAAAUUGAUAGCGAUGGAAUGUGAAGAUUA